AAUUUACGCUAUCCACACAAGCUGCAUCACAUAUUCCCGCCCACUUAUCAUUACAUGCUUUGCGACUUUGCGUAUAUAAAGCAUUUGGGUGGCUAUGUGCUGAAUAUGUGAAGAAGUGUCCCUGAUUAGUGAUUAUUGUACUACUAGCACAAGAGACAAGCACGAGUGAGAAAUAAUAUAGGAGAGUGAGGACUGAGGAGAUCGACUCGAUCGUCCAGAUCGAUGGAGGACGUGAGCUUCGAUUCCUUCUGGGAGACGCCAAGCUUCUUGGACGCCCAGGUGCUCGAGUUCGACUUCCAGGCCCAGGUGCUCGAGCUCGACUUAGUUGACAGCAUGUACCAGCCGGGGGAGGAUUCGCUGUCCGGUCUCUACUCCUGCUACGACGACUCGAGCUCGCCGGACGGCGCCAACUCCUGGUCGACGGCGACCACGAGGGCGGCCAGGGAGAGCAAGAACAUGAUCAUGGAGAGGGACCGCCGCAGGAAGCUCAACGAGAAGCUCUACGCCCUCCGCGCCGUCGUCCCCAACAUCACCAAGAUGGACAAGGCGUCCAUCAUCCAGGACGCCAUAGCCUACAUCGAGGAGCUGCACCAGGAGGAGCGGCGGAUCCUCGCGGAUAUUUCCGACCUAGAAUCGGGCAGCUGCACCACCCUGGUCAAGACGGAGGAAGACGGCGCCGGUUUUCCGCCAUGGAAGAAGAUGAGGACGACAACCUCAGCCUCCUCUGUCCACGACGCCAUCUGUUCCCCUGCCACUCGUCCUGUCGAAAUCCUCGAGCUGGAAGUGACGGAGGUAGGUGAGAAGCUGGCGGUGGUGAGCGUGAGGUACGCCAAGACGAGGGGCGCCAUGGCGAUGGUGUGCAAGGCGCUCGAGUCGCUCUGUCUCAAGGUCAUCACAGCAAGCGCUACCACUAUGGCCGGCAGCAUCAUCCACACCAUGUUUGUCGAGACAGAUGGAAUGUAUGGUGCUGAGACGAUCAAGGAGACGGUACAGGCUGCGAUCGGCCAGCUCCAUGUCGUGUUCCCCACCCCUCCCGACACCGGCGAGGCCAGUCGGAGGAGGGGGAAUGGACCUAUGGUAGAAGCGGAGGUGGAGGCGGAGCUUCUUGGAAGUGGCGGCUAG